AGAAUAAACCUUCUAGAUCCGACGAACCCUCUCACCGCGUAUGACCGCUACGCUGCGCUCCGAUGAAGAAAGAUAAAACAUGGCCUGCCGGAUCCGACGCUCGUCAUUUCUCAGCCCUCCCGAUCGGAAUAAGCAGUAAACAACACCAGCAGCAGCAGAAGAAGAAGAAACAACAACAACAAGACAACGAUGUUGAUAAUAGACUCAGCAGCUGCCAAUCCCAUCUCCAACCACGUAGCUGCUGCGUAGCUAAGCUUCAUCCGAGAUUAUUAUUAACUAAUUCAAAGAAUGUACUCAAUCAGGAACCAUCGAUUCAGCGAUUACCUUUGUUUUCGUCGUCGUUGAGGCCCAAUCGAAGCGAAUUUUCGAUGCUUCCUAACGAUGUCCUGCUGAAGAUAGCGGCAACGUUCACGCAUCCGAACCUUCAGUCUGCGUCGCUGGUUUGCCUGGCGUGGAGGGACGCUCUGCGGCCGUUAAGAGAGGCGAUGUUGUUUCUCCGGUGGGGGAAACGUUUCAAGCACGGGAGAAGUGGAGUCCAAGCAAACCUACAGAAAGCUCUGGAUUCAUUCCUGAAGGGAGCAAUUCGUGGUUCAACGCUGGCGAUGGUCGACGCUGGACUUGUGUAUUGGGAGAUGGGGGAGAAGGAGCAGGGAAUCUCUCUGUAUCGAAAGGCAGCAGAGCUUGGAGACGCUUCUGGACAGUGUAAUCUUGGAAUUGCGUAUUUGCAAGCGGAGCCUUCGAAUCCAAAAGAAUCAAUAAGAUGGUUGUACAAGGCUUCUGUUGCUGGUCAUGUUCGUGCUCAGUAUCAACUUGCUCUCUGUUUACACCAUUCCCAUGGGGUUAUACGGAAUCUUCCAGAAGCGGCAAAAUGGUAUCUGAGAGCUGCAGAAGGGGGAUACUCGCGUGCCAUGUAUAACACUUCAUUGUGUUAUUCCCAUGGAGAAGGAUUCACACAGAGUCACCGGCUAGCGAGAAGAUGGAUGAAGCGGGCAGCUGACCACGGACACACCAAAGCUCAGUUCGAACAUGGAUUGAAUCUCUUUUCGGAAGGAGAGAUGAUGAAGGCGAUGGUGUACUUAGAGCUUGCCACCAGAGCAGGUGAAUCCGGUGCUGCCCAUGUGGGCGAGGUGAUACGCCAAGAACUAUCCCCAUCCUCUGUGGACCGAGCCUUGCUACUUGCAGACAAUUGGCGUCCUUUGCUGCUGCUCCGAUCAUCAUCUCACUAAUAAAAUAAAAUAAAAACCAAACUCUUCUAAGACUAAGAAAAGAGGUUCAUUUCUUCUUCUUUUUCAAACAGCCCUUUCUUUUUGGUUUUGUUAUUGGUUUCUUUCUUCCAUUUUGUCUCUGUUCUCUUUUUUUUGCUUCUUGUUGUACAUUACAAACACAUUAUAAGCAGAA